AUGCCAGACCUCUCGCCCGCCGCCGCCCGCGCAAUAGGCCGCACCGCCGCGCUCCUCCCACCCCCAGCCUCGACGCCAACAGGCCACAUCGCGGCGUUCGUCCUCCGCGCCGCGCUCACCGCGCUGAUCGCGUGGAUCGGAGUCGGCUUCCUCCGCUCGGGCGGCGUCGCGCCCCGCGUGCACUAUCUCAACGCUGCCGGGGCGGAAUAG